AGAGUCUCAAUACAAGGACAUUGCAAAAGAUUUUUAUAAUAUGUGGAACAUUCCGAAUUGUGUCGGUGCAAUUGAUGGUAAGCACGUUGCUAUUAAGUGCCCGGCCAAUUCCAAUUCGAUGUUUAACAAUUAUAAAAAAUUCUUUAGCAUUGUUUUGAUGGCUGUAUGUGAUGCGAAAUAUACGUUCACAGCAGUUAGUAUUGGCAGCUAUGGAAGUCAAAGUGACGGAGGAAUCUUUCGACUUACUCCAUUUGGCCAUGCAUUAAUACAAAACACUCUGCCUUUGCCACCACCUGUGCCACUGUCUGACGUGUCACCGGAACCUUUUCCUUACUUUUUUGUUGGAGAUGCCGUAUUCCCAUUACGAAAUAAUUUAAUGCGCCCAUUUCCUGGAGCUAAUCUAACACAUACGAAACGUAUUUUCAAUUAUCGAUUGUCACGCGCUCGUAGAGUCAUAGAAAAUUCCUUUGGUAUAUUGACUGCUCGGUGGAGAAUUUUGAAAACAACGAUUGAAUGUAAUCCAGAAAAUUGUGAAAAAAUUGUGUUGGCUUGCAUAGCCUUACACAAUUUUAUAAUGUUGAAUGAUCACAAUCGCUGGUAUUGUCCGGAGAACUAUGUAGAUCGAGUUGAAGGACAUAACGUUGUCCAUGCCGGUGAGUGGCGCCGCGAAAAUGAAAACAAUUCUUUACGACCAAUGCGAACUUCAGUGCGUAGAGGUCCUUCAAGUGCGUUUAAUUUACGCGAAAGACUUGCUAACUAUUUUAUAAAUGAAGGAUCUGUACCAUUCCAGAACAAUAUAGACUCUAUCACAGGAGGACCAUAUGCUCCUGGAGAACCUUAUUAAAAAUAAUCACCUUUUUUUAAAUUUAUCACAUCAUUUAUUUUAUUUCAUUCAUUUUGUUAAAUU